AUGGCGGAGGCACGCCCAGCCUGCACGGAGCGAUUUCCCGCGGGGAGCGCUCCUGUGAUCCACCAAAUGAGGAGAGGCGUAGCAGAAAACCUUUCCCCCAGUGACACAGCCCUGGCUUUUCCUCACAGACACGAGUCACUUUCGUUUCUCGCCGGCUCCGCCACCGCCCGCCCCUUUCCUCGCCUGGCCCCAGUGCGGCAGAGGCAGCGGGCGGCGAUGCUGCGGGGCUGCACCGCGGGACCUCCCGGGCCACUCCGCCGCGCCCUGCCUGCUGCCGCCUCCGUCGUCCGCCUCCGCCUGCGGGAGUGCGCGGCGCGGAUCCCGGAGGCCGGAGAGGUGCUGGACAUCCUGGAGAAGUGCCCCGAGCGUCAGCGGAAGGGAGAGUUUCCAGUCGUGGUGUUUGAGGGGCUGGAUGCCACAGGCAAAAGCACAGUAACACAGUCAGUUAAAGAUGCCCUGGGUGCUGUUCUGUUAAGGUCUCCGCCAGCUUGCAUCAGCCAGUGGAGGACAAUAUUUGAUGAAGAGCCAACACCCAUUAGAAGGGCCUUUUAUGCUGCGGGCAACUACAUCCUUGCUUCAGAAAUAGCAAAAGCAUCCACUCAAGCACCUGUGAUUGUAGACAGGUAUUGGCAUAGCACAGCUGCUUAUACAAUAGCCACUGAAACAGAUGGUAACAUCCAAAAUCUUCCACCAGAUCAUGAUGCUGUGUAUAAGUGGCCUGAAGACCUGCUCAAACCCGAUCUUGUUCUUCUUCUAACUGUCAGCCCUGAGGAGCGAGCCCGUAGGCUUGAAGGUCGAGGCCUGGAGAGAACAAAGGAAGAGGCUGAGCUGGAAGCUAACAGCUUGUUUCGCCAAAGAAUUGAAGAGUCGUACAGAAGGAUGGUGAAUCCUGCAUGCCAAGAGGUUGAUGCCAGUCCCUCCAAGGAAGAGGUUUUCAAGACAGUGCUGCAACUGAUUAAAAAACACUGUGCCUUGUGAAAGCAACUUCUUUUUAUUAACACUUAAAAUCUACUUUUUAUUGUCCCUUUAUUUGUGCUAGCUCAAAAUGCCCUAUGUUGUUCUUUGUUCCCUGGAAGAACCUUUUAUUUCUCCUCUCUGACACUGUGACACUUCAAGAUCCUGUCAGAUUGUAUCAUCAUCGUCAUGAGAACUUGUUCCUGCCUUCACUGUGUAUCAGAAUUCACUGAUUGCAGCAGGAGCAUAAGACGUACAAGGAGAGGAUAAAAUGUAAUCCAGCAGUAAAGCAAUGAGAUGAUCAUAACUUUCUGGAACAGCCUGAUGUUGCUUACUGUAAUAAAGGAUGAGCUGCUGUGAUGAGCUUCCUGUAAGAAGUGUUUCAUAAAUACAGGCUAGUAAGUACCUGGGACUCUAAGGAAUACAGUUCAUGCCUGUCAACGUAUGCAAAUGAAAUGUAAAUUCAUUUCGGAGGGAAAAAAGAGAACACAGACAUGUUAGAAGCAGAGACCUGAAAAGAACAUGAGAUUAAAAGCAUUGGUUAAAUGAUUCUUAAAAUAUCUUUCUACAAAGUAUUUUCUCUAUCCUAUAGGUUUGUCAGUGUAAGUUUGUGUUCUUUUUGAGAGAAUGUGAAAUGACAAAAUGCAGGGAAUUGGAGCAAUGAGGAUGAUGGCACUCCAAUUUUACUCAUAAGUUGUUUUGUUUUUUUCCCCACAUGUUGAAUACAGAAGCAGGCUACCAGCAAGACUUCAACCCUGCAAAGUCUUAUUUUUUAUGUAUGUUUGUUUCACUGUUACUCAUAACUAUGAAACAAAACAUAUGGAUAAGCCUUUGGGGGUGUCAGAAGUGAACUGCAGUUCCAGAAAAAAAAAGAAAAAAACACUAAUAAAAUGCAAUUUGAUUUAAAACACUAUGGUUACUUUGCUGUGUUAUACAAUAUAAUUAUGAACAAAUCCAACUUGUAAAUUAAAAUGAGUAGUAUUGCUUUGGUUAUAUCCAAUCUUUAUAUAAAAGACGAUAAAAUAACUUCCAAACCCAAUGAUUUUAACGUAAAUAAGUUUUAUUGAACUCUUUUAUCUUUGUGAGUAUAUGCUGUUAAUGUAAUGUAUUUUUACAUACUGAUAAUGUAUGCUGCUGUGUUUGGUGUGUUAUUCUGAAUAACAGUAGCCUUGGGAUCUGCCACGCAUGUAGGCUGGAAAUGCAUCCUUGUGGGCGAUACACUUAUGAAGCAUCCAGGUAUUCAGUUAUUCUCAGAUAAUCACUGAAUUCCACAUGUGGAGGGCAUCACUGUGCAUGGAUCGCUAGGCUACCAAUAAAUAAUGCACCUGACAUAAGCAUUCUCUGGCUUUUCCAGGUGAGAAAGCACCUGGCCCGAAGAACACUGAACAUUUCAUACCAAGCAAAAGUUUUAUCUGCUUACUGAGUUGUGAACUGUUUUGCUGGGAAGUUUAAUGGCCACAGGAGGUCAGGGUUUUUGUUUAGGUGCUUAAAGAUCUGAAGUUCCAAACAAUAUUACCCAGAUUGAGGAAUUUAGGCUAAAUCUUGGUAGAUCAAAUUGGUUUUUUGUGUAUCUUUGAAACAUGAUUCAAGAAAGACUGUGGAUAGGCCCGUGUCAUAAUGCUGGCCAGUGACCACGAGCCCUUGCCAGGCAAUCCCAAGCAUGUUCAUCCUUCAGCAUCUUCAUUUAUUUACCGCUGGCGAAGGUUGUCAGCCUAAGGGUAAAAGAUAUGCCAAAGAAUGUUUGCUUUAUUACUACCCCAGUACAUAUAGCAAUUUGUUAAUUUACUUAUUUACUAAUGUAGAACAGGCUUUAGGACAUGGUAUUGCAAAGAUCCUGCUGCCAGGAAAGUACAUGCACAAAAACUUAAAAUUAAAAAGUUAAAAAAACUUUGAAAUUCUUUGAGGUACUGCUUUAAAGUCAGUGAAUUCAGCCCUUACUAAAAAGCAAACAUAUUUGUAAAGUUCAAGUGUUUCCUUAGGUAUAAAAUAAUACUUCUAUUGGCUCGAGUUAAAAUUUUGUUUUGCUUUGUUUUGUUUGUUUGUUUUUGUUUUGUUUUGUUUUGUUUUGUUUUUUGGUUAUUGAAAACAUCUCUGAGAGUUUUAUGUGAGAGACUUUUGCUUGACACUGUAUUGCAUUGCAUUGUGUAGUACCCACCACAGUAUUUUA